AUGGCCAUCCAACUAUCUUUAAUCGCCACAAAAUGGCGUCUAAUUGGAUCCGCAAAACGUCGUAAGCAUUUUAAAGUGGCUCGUCGGCUCCGAGAUAAAGAAUAUCUACAGGAAGACGAAGAGAUCAAUCUGGAAGCUGGCAUCCUACACUUAAAAUGUCAGCAUCUCACACAAAGAAGUCCUGAGAGAGCAUCAUCAACUUGCAGCUCCACUGCUCUUAAAGCAGCACUAAUGGCACUC